AUGACAUCACGAAGUACCCCUUCUUUGUGUGUCAGUGAUGUCACCAAGUGCAGUGUGGGGGACAAUGGAAUCCUGAACUCCGGGCGAGGGCGAGUGGGAAGCGGCUGCUCCUGCUGCUGGUUCAGGGCUGAGCCGGGGGAGGGAAGGGAAGGCACAGCUGCUGCUUCAGGGCUGAAACAGACAGAGAAAGAGACAAGCACGCCUAAGAAGAAGGAAAGCAAAGUCAGCAUGAGUAAAAACUCAAAGCUGCUAUCUACCAGUGCCAAGAGGAUUCAGAAGGAAUUGGCUGACAUCACCUUAGAUCCACCUCCCAACUGCAGUGCUGGCCCCAAAGGUGAUAACAUCUACGAAUGGAGAUCAACCAUUCUAGGACCUCCAGGUUCAGUCUAUGAGGGAGGUGUUUUCUUCCUUGACAUCACAUUUACACCAGAAUAUCCUUUCAAGCCUCCAAAGGUAACGUUUCGGACAAGAAUCUACCACUGUAAUAUUAACAGCCAAGGCGUCAUCUGCCUGGACAUUUUAAAAGACAACUGGAGUCCAGCAUUAACCAUUUCUAAAGUUCUCCUCUCCAUCUGCUCCCUCCUCACAGAUUGCAACCCGGCUGACCCCCUGGUUGGAAGUAUUGCCACUCAGUACAUGACUAACAGAGCAGAGCAUGACAGAAUGGCCAGACAAUGGACCAAAAGAUACGCUACAUAAAUGGGAUUUUCGUCAAACUCUUACGUUAUUUGUCUGUGAUGGAAAGAGCUGCUUAUGAUUUUGAAGGGGUGGGGGGAGGGAGGGUGCUGGUAAAGAGUAGGGUAUUUCUAUAACAGAUUUUAUUCAGUCUUUUAUUUCCUAAGAUUUUGUUGUUGUAACUUAAGGUAUCUUGCUACAGUAGACAGCUAGGAUUGGGAAUAGCAUAUUUUAAGACUGUAAUUAGUUCAGCAAUAUUAGCUCACAUAUAGUACUGAGAAGAAUGUAAACCUCUUAGACUUCUUUGGUUUUCAGUUUGCUUGCAAUAUGUAAAAGAUUAAAACAGCUUAAUUUUGUACAGGUACAUACGUUGGCAUUUAUGUAAAAGUCCUUUCAAGACUCUACACACUGUUUUUGCUUUUUGUUUUGUUUUUGGUUUGAGGGGUUUAUUUUGUUCUGGGUUGGGUUUCUUGGGGUUUUUUUGUAAAAAGAUGUCGGGAUUGUUUUCCCCUAUGGAGGGCACAUUGGUAUUUAACAAAUCCUUUUUAAAGACUGUCAUCUCAUGAUCUGUGAUACGGAGAGGUGGAUAUAUGGCCUCAUAUAUGAAAUGAGAAGUAGUUAAUGUAUUAUUUUAUAAGCCAAUCUAUCUUUGUGAAAAGAAUAAAGGGUUUAAUCAGGACUUACGGUAACCUGUAGUGAAAUACCUUAAGCUGUUUAACUGUAAGGCGUGGAAUAGGAGUCACUCAGUGGAUUGGUUGUAUGUUGUGGGCUACUUAAGUCUGCAUUUGUUACUGUGCUAAUAAAAAGAUGUUUAAAAAAAAGAAGAAGAAAAGAUUUCUGCUUAGUGCCUUGCUAUGUCAUUUUGCUGGAACAGUGCCUCCCAGUACGCUUUGAGGAUUACAGUAUGGAUAAGGACAGGGGAGUUCUGCAGGUGAGCGCACUGACUGCUGCUAUUUUGGGAAGACACUUCUAGGCAAGCUACAAUGAAUGACAGCCAAGACUUCUUCAGCAGUUUACGGUGUAAGUGUUACGCAGGCUGGCGCGGCCCACGAGGAGGCAACCUGCCACAGAGUCCACGCUAGUUACCUUACAGCUUAAGUUUUCACAGCAUUGGCUUUUCGGGACCGGCACGUUAUUUGAAAGUACAACUGGAAAAGUGUAAGAGAUCUGGAAGGGAAACAGGUGGGGAGGUAAAAGGAGGAAGAGAAUAUCUUCGUGGUUUAUCUGAUGGAGUGGUCUGUUCCCACUUGGAAGAGGAGAAGGAAUCGUGUCUGGUAAGCUAGCAGAAGACACCUUAAAGGAGACUUAAUCUGUAGAUCCUUUAACUACCUACAAAGAUUAUCUCCUAGAGACAUGGUGUUUACGUUGAGGUGUGUGGCAAGAGGGCAGCUAGCUGUGGAUAUGGCAUUUUUAACCACUCCCUUAAGGUAAAGGCCGGAAGUACAGAUUGAUUUUCACACGGCAGGCAUUCCGCCUUGCGACAUUCUUACGAGUGCUGUAGCGUCAUCUGUGCUCUCAGAUUUAUUUUGGUACUUAAAAAUGAAUUCCGUAUAUAUUUGAUGUAUAUGCUUCCUAUCUAUAUAUAGAUCAAACCUAAUUUGGUCCAAAGGAAUCUGUUAACUGGAGGUACCCUUCCUUUGCUGGGUGGUCGUGGGUAGUGAGUGGUGUGUUAGCCUCAUCUGCUGAACUGCCUUCUUUUGAGACAACGCGUGUUUUGGUGUAUGAGCUCCCUCAGCUGUUUGGCUCAGCCUAGGAAAAGUAUUUGUAUAUAGCUAUAUCACACCAGGAGCAUCUCUGGUAGUCCGUUCCUCCUCCCCUCUACUGAGUGAGGCGGUAAAUGGCUUAAUCUCAGUUGGUGUUUGUCGGCUACGUGCUUUGUGCUACCAGGACAUGCCA